GGGGGCGGGCCCGGCGCGCGCGGGAAGUCUCUGCGGGGCGGCCAGCAGUCCUCAGCCGCCGCUCGUCAUGGCCCUUUCCGUGCCCGGCUACUUACCGGGCUUCCAAAAGCCGCCGGAGGUAGUGCGGCUCCGACGGAAAAGGGCCCGGAGUCGUGGGGCUGCUGCCUCCCCGCCCCGUGAGCUGCCGGAGGCGGCAGCCCGCCGAGCCGCCCUGGCGGCCGGACUGGCCCUUCGCCCUUUCCCUGCCGCUGGGGGCAGAGGUGGCGGCGGCCCGGCAGCAGCCCGGAGGAACCCCUUCGCCCGCCUGGACAACCGACCGCAGGUCGCCGCGGAGCCCCCCGACGGGCCUGCCCGCGACCAGCCGGAGGCGCCGGGCCGGUUUUUAGAUUCUAAUCAAGAAAAUGAUGUGCUAUGGGAAGAAAAGUUUCCUGAAAGAACAACUGUUACUGAAUUACCCCAGACUCCACGUGUAUCAUUCUCCGAGUCUGAUAUUCCAUCCUCAAAAAGUACUGAGCUACCUGUGGACUGGAGUAUUAAAACCCGACUCCUUUUCACCUCUUCUGAACCCUUUACCUGGGCAGAUCAUUUGAAAGCACAGGAAGAGGCUCAAGGUCUUGUCCAGCAUUGUAGGGCAAUAGAAGUUACAUUGCCUAAAAGUAUACAGGAUCCCAAACUCUCCACUGAGCUCCGUUGUACCUUCCAGCAGAGCCUUGUCUAUUGGCUCCACCCUGCUUUACCUUGGCUACCACUGUUCCCUCGUAUUGGAGCUGAUAGAAAAAUGACUGGAAAGACAAGUCCUUGGUCAAAUGAUGCAACCCUGCAGCAUGUUUUAAUGAGUGACUGGUCUGUGAGCUUUACUUCUCUAUAUAAUCUGCUGAAGACAAAACUUUGCCCCUAUUUCUACGUUUGCACCUAUCAGUUUACGGUCCUGUUCCGAGCAGCAGGAUUAGCUGGAAAUGACUUAAUCACAGCUCUUAUAUCUCCUACAACUCGAGGUUUAAGAGAAGCUAUGAGAAAUGAAGGUAUUGAAUUUUCUCUGCCUUUAAUAAAAGAAAAUGGCCAUAAAAAGGAGACAGCAUCUGAAACAAGCUUGGGAUAUGGGGAGGAGCAAGUCAUCAGUGAUGAGGACGAAGAGGAAAGUUUUUCCUGGCUGGAAGAGAUGGGAGUGCAAGAUGAAAUUAAAAAGCCAGACAUACUUUCUAUCAAGCUUCGUAAAGAGAAACAUGAAGUACAAAUGGAUCACAGACCUGAGUCUGUUGCGUUGGUGAAAGGAAUCAACACCUUUACAUUGCUCAAUUUUUUGAUCAACUGUAAGAGUUUAGUUGCUACCUCAGGUCCACAGGCAGGACUUCCGCCAACCCUUUUAUCUCCUGUUGCUUUCCGAGGUGCCACAAUGCAAAUGCUUAAGGCACGAAGUGUAAAUGUGAAGACACAAGCUCUUUCUGGAUACAGAGACCAAUUUAGUUUGGAGAUUACAGGUCCUAUCAUGCCUCAUUGCCUGCAUUCACUGACCAUGCUGCUCAAAUCUUCACAGAGUGGGUCUUUCUCUGCGCUACUAUAUCCACAUGAACCAACUGCUGUAUUUAACAUCUGCCUGCCAGUGGACAAAGUACUUAAUACAGAGGUUGUUCGUAAGGAGCUUACUAACUGUGGUUUGCACCCUAAGACUCUGGCGCAACUUAGUGAAAUACCGUUACUUGGGAAAUCAUCUUUACGGAAUGUGGUGAUGAGAGACUACAUUUAUAAUUGGAGAUCCUGAACACCAAAGUAAGCCUAAAAGGAAUCUUUGAGGAAAAAAGCCUUCUAGCAAGGAAAUUCAAGAUUCUUGAAGUUAAAGGAAUAUACUUUAAAAUACUGAAAUGUUUAUAAAUAUUUUUAUUACAGUAGCAUUUUAAAUCGGUGUUUUCUGCUUUUACUAUUUUCAGGUUAGUUUUUAGAUAUAAAGAUGAAAAACUCAGAUCACUCAAAUGAGGUGUCUAUAUCCCCACAACCUAAUUGUAUAGUGAGUAGAAAACUGAAUUAAUGUUUCCUUGCAAACAGGAAAUUGAGACUAAACACACAGCAGUUAUCUCGUGGCCUUGUGACAAAGGCAUCAGGGCAAAAAUAUGUUACUUUACUAUUUACCGUAAGACUGUUAGUAGGUUCUUGUUUUAUAAAGGUAGAAAAUAAAAUGCAGACAUCUCUACUGACCUAGCUGACUGCUGAUGCUUCUACCUUAAUAUUUUUCCUACUGAUUUAUAAUUUUUAUUUUCACAUAUACUAAAAUUUUUUUAAUGCAUGUUAAUUCAGGUAAAAUGGCAUUUUGUAUUCCACAUAGAAUAGUGUUAAGAAUUGUGAAGUAUGCUGAGCUGUCAUGGCAAAGUAGUAUUUAAUGUGCAUGUGCGUGUGUAGGUGGGGAUUGUAUAAUUCACUUUUUAAAAAUAAAAGUGCUUAGAAAUCAAAAGCAUUGGGUAAAGAAAUAAUAGUAUCUAAGUAUUUGUUCACUUUAUAAUCCAGAAAAUAAAACACCACAUUUAUUCCAGAGAA